AUGGCAGAAAGCUGCUUGGAGCUUCCCUUAUCAUCAAGCGAGUGUUGUAUCUACAUGAUUCCAACUCGUCUUCGCAAAUUGAACGAGGAAGCCUACACUCCUCAGGCUAUAUCGAUAGGGCCUUUCCACCAUGGCACCAAAAGUUUAGAAAGCAUGGAAAAGUUGAAACUGAAAUAUUUUCAGAGAUUCCAGCAACGGAUUGAGGACUUCAACUUACUAGAGAUUUUAGUAAAUGCCAUAAAACUGAAUGAAAAAAGAGUGCGUAGUUGUUAUGCAGAGACAAUCAAGUUUAGCAGUGACGAUUUCGUGAAAUUAAUUUUGGUGGAUGGGAUCUUUAUUAUUGAAUUAUUCUACGAACUAUGCUUCGAAGGAUGGAAUGGUGUUGUUAUUGAGAACCAUAUACUGUUAAACCCAAUAUUGUUGCAGACAAUUAUAUUGGACUUGCGGUUACUUGAAAAUCAACUUCCUUUCUUUGCUCUUGAGAUAUUAUUCAGCCUUGCAUAUGCACCGGAUGAUGUGCCAGUGCAUCAUUCACUAAUUCCUUCGAUUCCAUCCUUCACUUCGCUUGCAAUUAUGGUCUUUGAGGGCAUUCAACAACAGGAAUUUCCUAGAAAUCUUAGAGAGCAACCAAUUAGACACUUUGUUGAUUUGACCAAAGCAUUUUUAUUUCCAUCAUCCAGAAGGGUGCUAGAUGAAAGUAAUGAUCUUCCUAGUGCUACUCAUUUAUAUUCUGCAAGCCAGUUGGACGAGGCUGGAGUGAAGUUUAAGGUGAGCUCAAGCAAAUGCUUACUUGACCUGAAAUUCACCAACGAAACUUUGGAAAUUCCACGCAUUGAUCUAUAUAAUGAUACGGAAACUAUUUAUCGAAACGUCAUAGCAUUUGAACAAUGUCAUUAUCCACGUGAUUCGCAUCUUACAGACUACAUUGUUCUAUUGACUUUCCUAAUCAACACUCCCAAAGAUGCAGAUUUACUUAUUAGAAGAGGAAUCAUCAUUAAUUGGCUUCCCAACAGCAAUUCAGUGGCAUCUUUUAUCAAUAAUAUGGGGAUGUAUAUUGUAUAUGAUAGCAGGAAGUGUGCUUAUCGUGGUUUGUUUCGAGAUUUGAAUGCAUUCUAUAGGAACACUAAGCAUACUUGGAAGGCUACCUUGAAACGUGAUUAUUUCAGCACUCCUUGGAAAAUAGCUUCUACUACAGCUGCUAUUACUUUAUUGCUGCUCACUCUCAUACAAGCCAUAUGCUCCAUCAUCCAAGUUGUGAAGAUGUGA